CGUCAGUGUGAGAACGUGACGCCACGCCGCACCGCAAGCCGGCAGCCGGUGGUUUUGUGUGCCGCGACCCACUUGAGGCGUGCUCCGCCCGUCGUCAAGACGCAAGGACACACCGCAGCCAUAGGCCGUCGCCGCCUGCGAUGUUUUUGGGCCAACGCAAUGACAGCCCCACUGAGGAUGGGAACGGCUGAGAAGGUUCCCGGAGGCGGCGGCGGCGGCGGCGGCAUGCGACUGCUGCUGGCAGCUCUGCUGGCCGUGGUCCUCGCGUCGUUGCCCGGCUGCGCCUCGCCGCUGACGCUCAGCCACUGGGACCUCGAGGGCGCCAACGUGACGUGCGACGACAAAUCGACGUGCGCGUCGCAGGCGACGACGCCGGCGUCGGGCCGCUUCUCGCGCAUGGAGACGGCGUCGGAGCUGGUGGACUGGCGGGAGCGCAACUGCAUGUGCGACCCGGGCUGCGCGCACCACGGCGACUGCUGCGUCGACUCGGAGCACUUCGUGGCGAGCGAGCAGCGGCGCGGCGCCGCCACGUUCGAGUGCGUGUCGCUGCGGCGCUUCGGCGGCGUCUACAUGCGCACCUCGUGCCCGCCCUCCUGGGAGGACGGGCAGUCGCGCGCGCUCUGCGAGGCGCGGGACCGCCUCAGCGCCGUCGACCCCGUGGGCGGCAUGCCCGUCACCAGCCGACGCACCGCCAUCACCUACCGCAACGCGCACUGCGCCCUCUGCCACGGCGACGUACAGGACGUGGUGGUGUGGAACGCGCACCUGGAGUGCAGCGGGCUGCUGCAGCAGCAGGCCAACCUGUCCUCGUCGGCGGCGGCGUCGUGCGUCGCCUUCGACGAGGCGUCGUCGCGCUGGGGGCUCAACCUGACGGACGCCGGCUUCCAGCCGUGCGACGUCGACCCCUACCUGCCCGACGCCGCCGGCCACCUGGUGCGCCGCUGCGACCCGGACAUCGUGCGCGCGUGCGCCGUCAACUGGACCAACGCCGAGGUUCGGCUGCGCUGCGAGGCGUACACGGCGCACGUGUUCCGCGGCAGCGACGGCUACCGCAACCCGCACUGCGCCGUCUGCAACAACGUGCCCGUGCAGUACCUGGCGUGCAGCCGCGCCGUCACGCGCUCCCUCUUCCACAAGGACUUCACUCCCGGCGCCUUCGCCGUCAUCUUCGACCUCGGCGGCUCCGACCCGGUGGGUCUGACGAGUCCGUGCGAGUCUGAGAACGAGCUGUACGACCCGUUCUUCCAGCAGUGCCGGUUCGUGGUGUGCACGGGCCACCGCGAAUACUACCACGGCGAGUGCAUCGCCGUACAAGUCGAAGACUCGAGCGAGGAGGACGACUGGGUCGGCAGCGGCGGCGGUAAUCACUCGUACGCGCUCAAGGACGAGGAGGGCAGCACGCUGGGCCCCGAGGCGUUCAACCACAGCCAGUGGUUCCACCCCGAAGGCGCCGGCGGCAACCACACUAGCGGCCCGCGCUACAUCACCGACCUGCGCGCUAACUUCUCGCAGGAGUUCCUCACCUGCCCCAAGUUCGUGCUGCAGCCGGACGAGUACGUGCUGGGCCCCGAGAACGGCUCUGUGACCGUCCCCCUGUACGGGCUGACGUUCUCCAGCACGGAGUACCUGCGGCACCCGGACGGCAUGCUGGAGAUCUGCGCCACCGUGGGCCGCCGCUACUUGCCCAAGUUCGGGCCCUACAUGGGCUACGUGACGCUGGCCGGGCUCGGCGUGUCCGUCGUCUUCCUGGUGCUGCACCUGGCCGCCUUCGCGGCGCUGCCCGAGCUGCGCAACCUGUCGGGCAAGAACCUCGCCUCGCUCUGCGUCGCGCUCCUCUGCGGCUACAUCGCCUUCAUAGCCUCGCAGAUGAUUCCGACGGGGCCGACGGCGGGCUGCGUGUCGGCGGCGGCGGUGGUGCAGUACUCGUUCCUAGCGGCCUUCUGCUGGACGCUGGCGAUGGCCUUCGACGUGUGGCGCACGCUGCGGCUCGCCACGUCCGAGCUGCGCGUCUCGUCGGGCAAGCAGUGGCGCAAGUUCGCCGCCUACUCCGCCUUCUGCUGGGCCGCGCCGAUGCUGUCGGUGGUGGUGGCGCUGGCGGCGGACGCAGCGCCCGAGGGCGGCUGGCCGGAUGAACUGCGGCCCGCGUUCGGCGUCUACACGUGCUGGUUCGGCCACCGGCACGCGCUGCUCGUCUUCUUCGCGCUGCCGCUGGCCGUCGUCAUGGUAUGCAACGUGGCCUUCUUCGUGUCGAGCGCGCGCAUCAUCUUCGCGACCACCUCGACGACGCGCUUCACGUCUUCGGGCGGCGGCGCGCGCCGCGACUUCCGGCUGUACGUGCGCCUCGCCAUCGUGAUGGGCCUCACGUGGAGCGUCGGCCUGCUGGCCGGCUACCUCGACCAGGAGGGCCUGUGGUACGCCUUCGUGGCCCUCAACACGCUGCAGGGGCUCUUCAUCUUCCUCGCCUUCACCUGCACAGAGAAGGUGGCGCGCGCCAUCGUCGACGCCGCCUGCAGCCGCCGCCGCAAGGUGUCGCCGGUGUGCGCGGGCGGCGCCAGCAGCAGCAGCCUCGGCGGCGGCGGGGGCGGCUGCGGCGGGGGCGGCGGGCGCGCCGGCCUGGCCGCCGCCUCGCUGUCGUGGAGCGGCAGCGGCGACAGCAGCGACGCCACGCGCAACACGCACGUCGCCACGCCCACGCACAGCUCCGACAACUCGGACACGCUCUACUAGUCGCCACCUGAACGCCUUCAAACCGUAGGGCGAGGAGCAGGAGGAACGGCACCCGCUUUCCGCUCUACCUCCAUCAAACGGCGCGGCGGAGGCGGAAUAUGCAUGCGUUGCCGCUCGGUCCCAGCCACAGAAUUCGCAGAGGUUGAUAUCACGUUUGCCAUCAGAGGCAAAAUCGCAGCGGUCACUUUCUGUAUUCUGUACCAGUGUUAUUCACAGUCUUGAUCGCAACACCAACUUCUACCGUAACCACUGACUGAGCUGGCACAACCCUAAAACACUGGCACUUUUCGGAAGGACAGUACUUCAAAUGCAGAUUUAGGUUUUCCAUUAUCUCCCUUGAUCACUUAAAGGCGUAGGCCUGUUCCGUACCUCUGAUACGGCAUAGCCAAUCCGAAUUUCUGGUCCAUUUUGGGGUGACCGAAAUAAAACAGGCCGUGAAAAUAUUUAAUGCGCCCUAAAAUAGGCAACUCAACUUACAUGGUGUGUCCUGCGAGUGGCUGAUGUAAGUAGGGUUGCCUGUCUUAAGGUGCACAAAAUAUUUUCCGGGUCAGUUUUAUUUUGCGCGACCUCUAUAACAGGGGAGGGUAACUGGCGGUUUCAGUCCAGCCCGCGGAAGAAAUUCGUGGGGAAGAGAGCGAGACGCGAGCUCGGGAAGGAGUUUCGGGUAUUUCCGCCGACGUUCAACUCGCCUCGGAUUUGGACGUGAGGAAGCAGAUUUGGACAAUUAUUUGAAAAAAAAUGCUUGCUAAAAGUACCCGUAGAUAUUAAGACACUAAAUUUCAUACCCUACCCGUGGCCAACAUCCGUAGAAUUACCCGUAAUUGCUAGUCGACUAGGUUUGGCUAUCUCAUUGUCGUAUUUUGUUUUUCCAUUAUUUCUAGCAUUAAAUUAGUAAAUAAUGCUUGUCCAUUGUGGACUUAAUCACUGCAGCUUUUGAAACUCAACGUAAUUUACAGUGAUUUAGCUGCAAACAUUUCCUUUGGUAGGCAUUUAUUUUUCCAUUAUGACAUUCCAAGGCGCCUGGCGUCCCAUCUUCAGAUACUUACACUUAUUCACGUGCCAUGAAACUUGUUUCUUUACUAAUCGCUCAUCUGAAUUUUGCAACAGCUGAUGUAAAACGUCAUAAGUACGGAAACAACGUUCACGACGCGUAAAUAAAUGUAAACAUCUGAAGGUCGGGUGGACAUAGAAUGAAUGUACUCUCACAAACGUAUUUUGAGGCAGAAUUUGUUGGUGUGGCAUGUCGGGAAAGGGGUCCCAUUCAAAUCGGUAUGUGACCCCAUAAACAUUAACGUCACGGAAGCUAUACUUGCGGCCCAUGAGCUUACGUAAGAAUGUUAAUCAGGCCCACAGGUUACCAAAGAUUGCCAUGCCUGCUCCAUAAUGAUUUUGUUAUCCAUGGGAUGUUCAACCUGAAACUACCUUCUUUCCUUCCUGUUUUCAUCUCUGACUGAAUGUUCCACAUCCUCCCUCACCAUGGAAGAAUUAAGAUCAAGUGUUAAACUUCCAUCUAAGAUGCUCACUUAAUAACCGAAAGUGUUCGUGAACGAAAUUAUUGUUAGCCUCAGGACUGUAAAUAAAUUUCAUACACUGGUACAGAGUUAGUGAUUUACUCUAAGGACACGCAGUGAGAAAUGAGAGCAGCCUUCUCCGACGAUGAUAAAUGAUAAACUUGUCGAACCGUCUUCUGGAUGAGGCGUCUCUCAGAAUAGUAGUUAUCCAAAAUUAGCUGGAAAGCUGAAAGGUCACCAGCUCUCACCUAACUAUGGUGGUGGCAGCUGAGUCACUGUAUGGUACCUUCUGCCCCGUUGCAGAAGUACUUUUACAAACCUUCCCUUACGAAGUGAGAUGUAGCGCUGAGAGAAUACAUUGUACUCAUUCCCUCAUGAUGAGAAAUCUACGCACAGUUGCAGUAACACUGUAAGAAAAUGGUUUUUAAAAAACAUAAAUUGGAAAUAAUGAACGUACCAUCAGGCUGUAACAGACCCAGACUCACCAAUAAAGUAACGCAAAAUAAAGAGGUCAGAUGGGUAUUAAAAAUUAGCGCUAACGUCCGAGUAAGGAGGAAUUGCGCAGAACAAUAUUUGUAGUGUUUUACACUGUUCUGGCCUGUAAGAAAAAUGUCUGCAAGUAGUUUCUGUACCUUUCAUCUGCAGAUUCUUUUUGACAUAGAAUCCUUGCAGUGUUAGCACUCACACAUUCAGUUACAGCCGUUAACGGAAAUUAGUUAUCCAUGUUUCUUUGUAAGAAGUUCUUUCGUCAAGUACAUAAUAUUUUGACAAUGGAAUGUUUCUAGACCUUUGCAGCAUCAUAGUGAGUUACUAUUUACUAUCUGGAAAUAGCAGAAAGCCGCUUGUAGUAAUUUUUUUACUGAUAAAUGUUCUUCUCUCAUUGGACGCCUCAGUUAACGUUGUCAGAAUGGUUCUGUUAACUAAUGAUACGUCUUGACCGCUACGGCACUUUCAGUUAAAUACCAUAUUGCCGUGUGGAAAUAUGAAAUUGAUUCCAUACGGGUGUAUAUCCAUCGCCCCCAACAGCUCUUUCAGAAUAAGAGAUCUCGCACACGUAAUUUUAGAUUCCAUGUACCAAUAUCACUUUUCCGGUUAUAUUGUAAUAAACACCAAAUUUGCUUGGACUCUUGUGGUAUUGUUACUUUGUGCUAUGGAAGAACUUGCGUGAGUCCAUCUUCUCUGUGAUCAAAAAUCCGCUCUCAGUGACUAGCAGCAAGACAGUGCAAGGAAUCAGGGACAAAAUGUUGCCCACGAAGGACUGUGUGGGUACGUUACAAGGACGCCAGUAGAUGAAAUGUGAACUGUCCAGUAAAGCAUCAAUUACAGAGGAUGUUAAUAACGUUUUAGACUUGAGUUAUGACUGUCGACAAAGUUACCAUGUACAGAAUAAUAUUUUAUUUAAAAACUCGAUUAUUUCAUUUGCUUGGACAAGUCAUGUUAUAGGAGAGAAAAAAAUUAUCAAGGUUGCUUGAGAUACAGGCAAUUAGAAGUAUUUAUUAGUUUUUGUGUAAAGAACGUGUUUUAUAAUCUUGAUUAACGUUUCACGUACGUCGAGGUACUUGACCAAAGAAAAUGAGAGACUUACAUACUACGCUAUAAUUCUCUACAUGCUCACAUUUUUUAAAGAAAAAAGAGCUGCUUACCUCCCCCGAUAGGAAAGUUUCUCCAAAGCUUCCCGUGUUUUCUUGCAUAAUGUUUCUGAUAAAAAAAGUCUCUCACUUUUUAAACACGAUGACACGUUCUGAUUCUGCAGUACAAAUCCCAAAGUUUGUAAAUACUUGUUUACCCCAUUAUAUUCGCUUAGUAAUUGUGCUUUCCAACUCUUUCUACGCGCUAUCUUUGAGAACCUUUUUAAUGCAAUUUUUGUUAUGUAGGUCACCAUGAAAUUUGGUAUCUAUAACAAUAGUUUCGUGUAGCAGUAUUUUUCGAUUGGAGGCAGCUUGGUAAACACAUGACGAUUCCAUGCAAAAUGCCUUCAUAUUUGUAUUAAAAGAGGAAGUGAUGUUAUGAGAAAUCAAUUAUUUUUGUAACAAUGUACUUUCAGCUUCUGAAAUUCUUCAUAACGUGUACAAAGAACUGUAAUUCAUUAUACAAUGUCUGUAUUAAAUUAAUUAUCAUUGAGCUAUAAUCAUUGUUAGUAAAAUGUAUAUUUGUGAGAAAACAGUGUAUUUGAAAUAAAUGUGAUACUUUUACCUA